AUGGAGAUGAAGAUGGCCGUCGGCGCGGCCAACUGGCUCGUCGGCAAGGUGCUGACCAAGCUGUCCGACGAGCUGGUGUCCGCCUACAUGGACAGCUCCGAGCUCGGCAGCAACUUCCUGAACGCCAAGCACCAGCUGCAGUACACCCAGGGGCUGCUGUCCGCGUCCGUGGGCAGGGACGUGAGCGACGACCCCGGCCUGCACGGACUGCUGGGGGAACUGAGCAACAAGGCCGACGAGGCCGAGGACGUGCUCGAUGAGCUCCACUACUUCAUGAUCCAGGACGAGAUCGAUGGCACCAAGGAGGCUGCUGUGGAGGUGGGCGGCGGCAUCAAGGGUCACUCCAUCCAUGGACGCCAUGUUGCUCGCUACACCCUCGGCAACUGCCUUCCAUGCUUUUCAUCUCCGCGCACUCUAGGUGAUGAUCAUCCUCCUGCCGUUGCUGCUGCGGAGGUGGGCAGCAGCAGCCAUGUUUCUCGCUACACCCUCGGUAGCUGCAUUCCAUGCUUCUCAUCUCCGCGCACUCAAGGUGAUGAUCCUCCUCCUGCGGCUUCUGCUGCGGAGGUGGGCGGCCGCAGUCAUGUUUCUCACUACACCCUCGGUAGCUGCCUCCCGUGCUUCUCAUCUCCGCGCACUCAAGGUGACGAUCCUCCUGCAGUUUCUGAUGCUGCUGCCACCAGUAAGCCACAUAGUGAAGACAUGUCCAGUACCAACAGUGAUAUGAUGAUGAUGAUGAUGAUGAUGAGUACUGAUGAUGAUGAUGAUGAUGAUGAUGUUGAUGACGAUGUUGAUAUUAAGUUGCCAUUUAACAGAGUAGCCAUGUCCAAGAAAAUCAAGUCUGUCAUAGAGGAGAUGAACUCCAUCUGCCAGCUUGUCUCUGACCUGCUCAAAACUGCAAGCACAAAUGUCACGAUUGAAAGGCCUCCAACUGGUUCAGUAGUUCCACGAGAUAGAAAACUGUAUGGAAGGAGUGACAUUUUUGAGCAAACUGUAAAUUCACUCACCAAUGGCACAUUUCGUGAUAAAACCCACACUGUCCUGCCUUUCAUUGGCCCCGGGGGCAUCGGAAAGACAACCUUCACACAGCACCUGUACAAUGAUGAAAGAAUCAAGGGUCACUUCCCCGUCAGGGUCUGGGUGUGUGUCUCAACUAAUUUCGAUGUGAUUAGGCUCACCAGGGAGAUACUUGGCUGCAUACCUGCAACAGCUAACACAAGCACAACUGAACCAACAAACUUAGACCAACUUCAGAAAGCCAUUGCAGAGAGACUGGACUCCAGAAGGUUCUUAAUUGUGUUGGAUGAUAUGUGGACUUGCAAGAGUGCGCGUGAUUGGGAAAACCUAUUAGCCCCAUUCACAAUUGGGGAAACCAAGGGCAACAUGGUUCUUGUCACAACUCGAUUGCCAUCUGUAGCACACAUGGUCAAAACAACUGAUCCGGUACAAGUGCAUGGUUUAGAGCCUGAUGACUUCUUUGCACUGUUUGAAGCAUGUAUAUUUGGUCACAACAAACCCAGGCUUUAUGAUGAUGACUUAGUUAAUGUUGCAAGAGAUAUUGCAAAGAAACUCAAGGGUUCACCAUUGGCAGCAAAUACAGUUGGUCGGUUGUUGAAGAAAAACAUCUCUUGGGAAUAUUGGAUGGGAAUUCUUGAAAAUAAUGAAUGGCAAAGUGCAAAAAAUGAUGAUGAUAUUUUGCCAUCUCUGCAAAUCAGCUAUAAUUACCUUCCUUUCCAUCUGCAGAAAUGUUUUUUUUAUUGUGCCCUCUUCCCAGAGGAUUACAAGUUUUAUGAUUUGGAAAAAAUAACUAAUUUCUGGAUGGCAAUGGGUAUUGUAGACUCAAAUUGCCAAAAUGACAAGAAUUACUUAGACGAACUAGUGGACAAUGGUUUUCUCAUUAAGGAUAGUGAUGCUGAUGGUGAAUACUAUGUGAUGCAUGAUUUAUUGCAUGAACUAUCUCGGAAUGUUUCAUCACAAGAGUGUCUAAAUAUAAGUAGUUUAAGUUUCAGAGUCAACGGCAUCCCACAAUCUAUUCGGCACUUAUCAAUCACCGUAGAAGACUAUUAUGAUGAAAGUUUUGGUCAAGAAAUAUGUAAACUGGAGAGUCUUAUAGACAUUGGAAAUUUGCGGACUUUGAUGGUUUUUGGAUCACAUCAUUCAGAAAUAUGUGAUUUUCUGGGACGUGCAUUUGAAGGAAUAAAGAGUCUCCGGGUUCUAUUUAUACCUAGCUUUCCAAAAGAUUUGCCAAAGAGCUUUUCACAUCUUAUCCACCUCCAAUACCUUAAACUCAUGCCACCUUCUGAUGAGGACCAUUGGAGAUAUCCACCUGGAAAAUUACCAAGAUUUUACCACUUGAAAUUCUUGGACAUCUAUGGUUGGCGGCACCCUUUUAUAAUUUCCCCUAAAAUCAUUAGCCGCCUUGUAAGUUUGCGCCAUAUCUAUACUUCCACAGAAUUCCGUUCUCUUAUCCCUGAGAUCGGAAAGAUGAAGUGGUUACAGGAGCUAAGACAAUUUCGUGUUAAGAGGGAAAGUGUUGGGUUUGAACUGAGCCAGCUGGGGGAAUUGACAGAGCUUGGGCAGCUUGUUAUAUGUAAUCUUGAAACCGUGGCAUCCAAAAAAGAAGCUGAUGAUGCUAAAUUGAAGGAUAAAAGAAAUCUGAAAGAAUUGGAAUUAGUUUGGGGUGCAGAUGGUGAUGUUACAGAUGGUGAUGUUCUUGAGGGUCUUCAACCACCCCCUAAUCUUAGAGGGCUUGGCAUUAGAAAUUAUGGUUUUGCCGCUGGUCCUAGCUGGUUGUGCAGUGACAUUAGCAUAAAAAGGCUGGAGUCUCUACAUCUGGAGGGUAUAUCGUGGGACACUCUUCCACCUUUUGAGCAGCUACCACACCUCACCAACCUCAAACUGGGGAAUAUUGCUGGGAUGCGUGUGUUUGGGCCUGGAUUUGUUGGUCUUACAGAGAGAAGUUUUAUGCACCUGAAGACAGUUCAGAUUAUGGAUAUGCCAGAACUUGAGGAAUGGGUUGGGGGACCCAAUAGCCCUUCGUUUUCAAGGCUUGAAAGCAUUAAUUGCUGGUGUUGCCCCCUUCUGUUCUCGUUUUCCUUCUUGGAGUGUUGUACCAACCUCUGUCAACUUUGUGUUGCUAAUUGCCCAAAUUUGUCACAGUUGCCCCCUCUGCCUCAUACUUCUACACUGACAGAGUUUUCUGUGAACAAAGAGAUAUUCAGUGGCUUGGCGUAUGAUGGAAAGCGGUUGUCUGCUGAGCACUAUGAGGGUGCGUUGGCCUUGCAUCAUAUGGAUAAAGUAGAGUCUAUAGAAAUUCGUUGCUCACCACAAGUUUCAUUGUCAGUGUCGGACCUCCAAAAGAUGAAGUCCCUGAGAGAACUAACUGCCAUAUGUUGCGCCAGCAUAUUCAAUCCAGUCGUCGUCGAGGAAUUGGCAGCCCAUGACAAGUCUUUGGACGAAGAAAAUAUCUCUGUAGCGACAGAUCUGAUCCCAGAGGUGGCAAUGAGCAAAUCUUUGCACCCAGAUUCAUUCAAACUGGAAGAAAUGACGGUGGAUAACAUCUCGGAAGUGCUUACUGCUCCCAUUUGCAGACGCCUUGCCGCUACCCUUCACACAUUAGCGUUCUGUAAUGAUGAGGUGACUGAAACCUUCACGGAAGAGCAAGAGCAAGCGCUUUAUCUUCUCACCUCCCUCCAAAGCCUAGAAUUUUCAAGGUGCAAACUGCAGUCUCUCGGCUAUAUGGCCUUUCUUCUCUCAAGGAAUUGA